AUGACUGUACUUUCAGUAGCCUCAUCAGUCGAUAAAUUAGAAGAAGAAACACCGAUAAAAGAUGACAAUAUUAUGUCAGAAUCAUUUGGAGUCCCCUUGAAUGAGACUGAUGAUGAAAGUUCAUCAUCCAUUAUUCGAGGGGUUAGUCGUUUUCUAGUACAUAAAUCACCUUAUUAUUACAAGUCAAGGAUCAUACAAAAACGAAUGACAUGUAACAAGAACCCAAGGAUAUGUCGUGCUAGAGGUAGCCCAGGGCCAUUUUGCUGCAAGAAGAAGUGUGUAAAUGUGUUUGCGGACAGACAAAAUUGUGGAUUUUGUGGGAAGAAAUGCCGGUACAAUGAGACAUGUUGUAGAGGGCAGUGUGUUAAUACUAUGUUUCACGAGAGGCAUUGUGGGGGUUGCAAUAAUCAGUGCCAGAAAGGCAGUGCUUGUGUCUAUGGAAUGUGCAGCUAUGCAAAUUAA